AUGCACCGGGUACUGGCAGGCGGGCCGAACAUCUUGAAGCAGAACGCCUCCGAAGAGAGGGGCGAGAAUGCUAGGCUCCAAGCUUUCAUCGGCGCGAUAGCCAUCGGCGACCUGGUGAAGUCCACGCUUGGUCCCAAGGGUAUGGACAAGAUUCUGGUGCCCAUGCCCGGUGGGGGCAACCAGCAGAACGCGAUCGUGACAAACGACGGCGCCACCAUCCUGAAGUCCCUGUGGAUCGACAACCCUGCAGCGAAGAUCCUGGUGGACAUAUCUAAGACACAGGACGCAGAGUGUGGGGACGGUACUACCUCGGUUGUCGUCCUGGCGGCAGAGAUGCUGCGGAACGCCCAGAUGCUCGUGGAGCAGAGGAUGCACCCCCAGGUCAUCAUCAAGGGCUACCGCCUGGCGCUCGCCACUGCGCGGGAGACGCUCGAGGGCAUGGCGCAAGACAACGGGGCCGAUCCGGUCGCGUUCCGGGAGGAUCUGCUGAAGAUUGCGCGGACAACUCUCAGCUCGAAGUUGUUGAAUCACGAGAAGGAGCAUUUUGCCACGCUGGCGGUGGACGCAGUGCUGCGGUUGAAGGGCAGACCAAAUUUAGAUUACAUCCAGGUCAUCAAGAAGCCGGGUGCGUCUCUGAAGGACUCUUUCCUGGAGGAGGGGUUCAUCCUCGAGAAGAAGAUCGGCGUAGGACAGGCUAAGCUGCUUACAGAAUGCAAAAUCAUGGUGGCGAACUGCCAAAUGGACACAGACAAGAUAAAGAUCUACGGCGCGCGCGUCAAGACUGAUUCCUUCGAAGCCGUCGCCGAGAUAGAGAAGGCCGAAAAAGACAAGAUGAGGACCAAGGUGGAGAAGAUCUGCAAGCAUGGCUGCAACGUGUUCAUCAACCGCCAGCUCAUCUACAACUACCCCGACCAGCUCUUCAAAGAGCACGGUGUGAUGGCCAUCGAGCACUCGGACUUCGAGGGCAGCGAGCGCCUGGCGGCGGUGCUCGGCGCCGACAUCGUGUCCACGUUCGACAAUCCGGAGCUCGUCAAGCUCGGCUACUGCAAGCAGAUCUCUGAGAUGAUGAUCGGCGAGGACAAGGUCAUCAAGUUCUCCGGCUGCUCGCAGGGCAUGGCGUGCACCAUCAUUCUGCGCGGCUCCUCGACGCACAUCCUGGACGAGGCCGAGCGCUCGUUGCACGACGCGGUGGCCGUGCUGUUCCAGACGGUUCAGGAGACUCGCGUUGUCCACGGAGGAGGUUGCUGCGAGAUGGCAAUGUCGAAGGCGAUCAUGGAGAAGAUGAGCCACGUGGAGGGCAAGGAGCAGAUCGCAAUGGAAGCAUUCGGGAAGGCCCUGCAGCAGAUACCGACAAUCCUGGCGGACAACAGCGGCUACGACGCCGCCGAGCUGGUCGGGCAGCUGCGGGCCGCGCACGCCAGGGGUCAGAGUUCGUACGGCUUGGAGUUCACGACCGGCACAGUUGCAGACAUGGCGCCGCUUGGCAUCAUGGAGUCGUACAGGAGUAAGCUGUGCCAGCUCUGCUCAGCGGCGGAGGCUGCCGAGAUGAUCAUCCGGAUCGACAACGUCAUCAAGAAUGCGCCCCGACAGCGCGACGGAGGCAUGUGA